AUGCACGAAGAAGUGAAAUGGACGUUUAAAAGCGAGCAAAAGAGAAUCCGAGAAAUUGCAGGACUUGCUAAAUUCCCCUGCGCAUCGCAGGAACCAACCAGCCGAGCCCUGGUGACUCUCCGCGUGGAUCCCCAAGGCUUCUUCCUCUACUGGACCGGCCCGAGUUUGGAAGUGGACGUUUUGGAUAUCAGCUACAUCCGGGACACUCGGACUGGACGUUAUGCUAAGCUGCCUAAGGAUCCCAAAAUUCGGGAAACGCUGGGCUUUGGAAGUCCAGAACAACAACCCGAGGAUAAACUUUUGACCGUGGUUCACGGACCUGACCUGGUGAAUGUGAGUUUCCUCAACUUCAUGGCAGUUGUCCAAGACAAUACAGCAAAGAUUUGGGCCGAGGAAGUGUUCAAGCUGGCCACCAACAUCCUCGCCCAAAACGCCUCUCGAAAUACUUUUCUGCAAAAAGUCUACACCCGGCUGAAGCUCCAGGUGAACCAAGAUGGGAGGAUCCCGGUCAAGAGGUAAGAGGUAACCCCUUUGGGGUUGGGGGUCCACAUCUUCAUUUUGGUUCUGUAGGACAGGGGAGGGGUGGAGGUCGGGGGGGGGGGGCUUGAACUCUGCCCUCUUGUGGGGAAGGGAAGGGAAGGAAGAUAGAAGAAAGGAGAGGAAAGGAAGGUAGAAGAGGAG